AUGAUGCAUGGCGAAGUUGAGAAGGCCAACGGAUCAAUAACUUUGGAAAAAACAUUUGAGCCCAUAAGUUAUUGUCUAACUCUUAGCAAGUAUUUCUACACACUUCGUGAAAAUCUCAAUAAUCUAUUCAACGCCCUGGAGAAAGGUGUCAUGGAGACUGAUGAGAAGGAUAAGGGCUUCCCUCCAGUUCUAGAAAGAGCCCAUCUGCGGAAGCAGGCAGCAGCCGAAGCCGAAGGAUUGCGGUGGCAACUGGAAAAGAAGGAUAUGGAAAUUUUAGAGCUGAAAAAGACCAUUAAGAGUAGGCUUGAUGAUAUCAGCAAUUACAAGCUACGUUUGGAUAUGGCUGAGGCCAGAAUUGAGUCUGCCGGAAAGCAAGACAAUGUGAAAGUACAGCAUUUGGAGGCGAAAAUAGAACAACUUGUAGCUGAUAAUAAGAAGAAGCAAAUCGAAUUCGAUGAAACCAUGGAUGCACUGCAGAAGGAACUCAAGGAAUGUGAAAGAGAAAAUGCGGAGUUAAAACAGAUCGCCAAGAAUUUCUCUAGAAAAACGCUUCUUGAUGUAAGCCAAGCCUUAGUACUAAAAUCACAAAGAUCUGUGUCACCGUCAUCGGUGAGUGAAAGUGUUGUUGUCGCAAGCGUCGCACUGACGUCGUUUCUUCCUUCUUUUUUUACUUUGGGAAAUGGGCCUUCUCUUUGUGUUUCUUUUGGUUUGCAUGUUGGGUGA